UUUCGGCCACACAUCCCUAUCCAGAUUACUGAUUUAUUUUCUAAAGCUCGUGCAACAGAAACAUUGCAAAAGAUUUCUUGAAACCACACUUUAGUUUCAUUUGAAUCUUUUGGUUUGUAUACAAAAAAGGUUUCCAUGUAACGUACAGCCGAUCUACGACUUGGUUUACAUUGAUUAUUCUUCGCACUUUACCUGUCACAAAAAACCUUAUGCUGAUCAAUUUCAACACAAUCGCGUCUUUCCAUAAGGAGGUGUUGACUUCAAACCCCUAGACUGUACAUCGUGUUCUUUCAACCACAAAAGCAUCCUUGUUGUUAAACGACCAUCAACUAUGAACAUACCCAAUCAAUAUCUAGAAAAGACAGAAGAAGUUGCCGAUCAGGUAAUAAGAAAGGGAAAAUAUGUCUUACCACAUGUCGCCCGAUUAUGUCUGAUAGCAACGUUUCUUGAGGAUGGUAUCCGAAUGUGGGUGCAAUGGAAUGAGCAACGUGAAUAUAUGGAUAUGAACUGGGGAUGUGGCAAAUUUUUGGCCACGACCUUCGUUCUCAUCAACUUAAUAGGACAGAUCGGAGGUUGUGUGAUGGUACUCGGACGACUGAAAGUGAGCAUCGCCUGCUGGGUUUUGUUUGGCAUAGUUGUUCUGCAAACGAUCGCGUAUUCUGUCUUGUGGGAUAUACAGUUCCUGUUGCGUAAUCUCGCCCUAAUCGGCGCACUAUUACUCGUUCUUGCGGAAUCACGCGGUGAAGCCCGAUCACUUUUUGCAGGCGUUCCAUCGCUUGGAGAGAACAAACCGAAGAACUUCAUGCAGCUGGCGGGUCGUGUACUUCUUGCAUUCAUGUUCAUCACACUGAUCCGCUUCGAACUAAGUUUCUUGCAAAUCCUUCAGGAUAUCGUAGGAUCCAUAUUAAUGGUAUUAGUCACGAUCGGCUAUAAGACUAAGCUCUCAUCUCUUAUUUUAGUAGCGCUGCUAACAGUUCUAAAUCUUUAUCAUAAUGCAUGGUGGACCAUACCAGCAUACAAGCCUCUCCGUGAUUUUCUUAAGUACGAUUUCUUCCAGACGCUCUCUGUCAUUGGUGGCUUAUUAAUGAUUGUCUCCCUCGGGCCGGGUGGUGUUUCAAUGGACGAACACAAGAAAAAAUGGUAAACGGAUGCAUUAUACUAGGAAAGCAAUAGUAUCAAUUUAAAUUACAGCUUCCGUAGUUCUGAUACCUUUGUUCGUAAAACAGACCUCCGUACAGAACAAUAAUAUUAUUUCGGUGUAGACGAAAAGAAACGCAAGGAAACACUAAAAUAGAAUCGAUACCUUUUUUUCUAGAUUGUAAUCAUUCCUGUUAUUUUACACCGUAUGUCCUGUAAACCAUCAAAAUAGCAAAGGAAGUACAUUCAAUAUGUAAAUGAAAAUAGGCCUUUAAAUUACAUUUACAGUUAUUAAAUUCUCUAAACGUCGGUAAAGGCAUAUCUUCAAACAAUAGUAAUUUUCAGUUUCUGAGUUAUACAUUACUUUUAUAUCCAUCUUCUAUUAUUCUCUUCCCAAUUGCAUCGCUAGAAAAUUUGCAACUUAAGCAGUGCAACAACAGGGGUUUCUAGGCAGUCAAAAAAAAAUUCAAAAUUCACAUAUGUGACGUAUUUUCCUAAGCACAAAACGAAGGAAUGUAAAACCAACACUCAUUUUUUAUGACGCAUAAAACUUUUCUAGAACGGAAAUUUCGUUAUUCUUAUACUGUGUAGUAUGCAAACUAAGAAUGUGAUUGUUUACUUGAUUCCGAAAAAUAAAGGGAAAUUUAUGAAAUACUAA